UUAGAGCACAACGACAAGUGCGCAGUGUUGGAGAGAGACACACACACACACACCAUAGCUCCGGCUCCACGGGAGUCAGUUGUGUGCGUAUUGUGCAUCGCGACUUUGAGCAAACGUUUUAAAAGGAGACAUUUUUGGAGAGCCCGGGACCUCGUUUGUCUUCAUCCCCCAUGAUGGGUCACAACCCGAAGAAAAACACCCUCAUUUCCAUCACGCCGCUGGACGUGUUCCGCCUUUGAAAUGUGACUUUGUCUCCUCUUUCCAAAGCUUUGGUCAAAUAACAGUCGCAGCGUGCUUCCUCGUCAGCACGUGCGUUCUGUUGAGUUUACUCUUUUUCGUCAUCAGCUUUACCUGGAAACACGGUUGUUUUGACUAGAAGCGGCAUUUUGACUAAUCAUCAAUCUUUUUGUUGAGUUUUAUUCUUUUUUUUUUUUUGUUCAUGUAUUUGGAGCAUAGCCUAAGCCUAAAUCACAUCCAUGUGGCCCCUCCCCUUUCUGCUGCGCACGGAGAGCCACAACACCAGCGAGCUGCGAGUCAGUCUGACACCGAGCGCGGAGGAAGGCAGAGGGUCUCCAGAGAAUACACGAGAAGAAAAGGAUAAACUCACAUUUCCUGGAUUGUGCACACAAGGAGCGAAGGGAUCGGACUGGUGAUCUUGCCUCUUUGGGAUUUUCUCCUCGGGUUUGUGAGUAAAGAGACUGUAAAAUAAACAGGAUUUCUUCCCUGUAAAGUAGAGCAGAACACUUUCCCCCUUUUAUGUAGCCUACCAUUGUGCCAUGAAAGCUUUAAAGUGUAACUAGUCAAAGUCCAUUCCGGCUUUAGGAAUGCAUGUGACUGUGUUGUGAAUGGAUUGAAUAGUUAAUGUAAGAGCUAAUAACAAUGGUUGAACAGGUGGGGUUUGUAGCUGCAUGGAAAGCCCAGUUCCCUGAGUCUAACCCCCCCUGCAUGGAGCUGAACUCACUGGGGAACAUUGAGCAGGAGCUGGACAAAUGCAAGUCUUCCAUCAGGCACUUGGAGAAGGAAGUAAACAAGGAGCGCUUUCGAAUGAUCUACCUGCAGACUCUGCUCGCCAAAGAGAGGAAGUCCUACGACGGGCAGCGGUGGGGAUUUAAAAGCACCCCCCGAAUUAAUGAUGGAGACCCGCCCGGUGGGCCAGACAGCCAGAGGCCCCACUCAGAGGAGGCUCAGGUGGUGGAGGAGGAGGAGGAGCAGCAAAGAGGGCCUUACAAGACAUCCAGGUGUAAGCCACAUCCAGAAGGAGAUGUGGGCCGGGUGUCGCCGGUGUACCAGGACCCGGAGAUCCCCGAGUUCCAGCUGGGCACCGGCUCCGUGGCGGCUCUGAGGUCCAACUUCGAGCGCAUCAGGCGGGCCAACUCCCACGCGGCCGGGGACGGCCGAGGGUCGGCGGCGGCGGGCGCCCAGGAGAAGCCGUUCUACGUGAACGUGGAGUACCAUUCGGAGCAAGGGUUGGUGAAGGUCAACGACAGGGAGGUGUCGGAGAAGAUCCGCACCCUGGGCGGUCAGGCCAUGCAGAUGGAGCGCAAGAGGUCCCUGCACUCCCUGCCGGUGAACCUGUCGGCCGCCACGGGGGACGUCGGCAGAGGCCUCCAUAGGGGCGGGUCCACCGGGGGGAACUGCGGCCACAACGGGUCGUACGACGACGUCGCCGAGGUCAACCCCAACUUCCCGAAGGAAGGCGGGAAGCCUGAGCCGCAGCCAGCCGAGUGCCGGCCCUACACCAGCGUGUACGUCGGGGGCAUGAUGGCCGACGGGGACACGCGAGUCAUCCACAUCCGGGACCACGGCACGGAGGACGACGCCAACCUCACCUGGCCGAGGCGCUCCUUCUCUCACGGCAGCUUCGAGGACGCGGGAGGGGGCUACACGCCGGACUGCAGCUCCAACGAGAACUUAACGUCCAGCGAGGAGGACUUCUCCUCGGGACCGUCCAGCCACGUGUCGCCCAGCCCCACCGCCGCCUGCACGCCGGCGUACAGGGACAAGAGCCGCUCGCCCUCCCAGCAGUCUUUUGGCAGCAGCAGCAGCCCGCCCCUGUCCCAGAAACGGCCGAAGCAGCAGGGCGCGGCGUCCGAGGCCUCCGCCGCGGGAGGCUGUAGAACACGCCGGCAGCGGCCCAGCGACGGGGAGUCCACCGCGUCCAGCAGGACCUCCCGGGACAACAGUGUUCAAGGAGAUCUGGGUAGGUCUGCAAGACACACUGCACAGCACAGAUGGUUCCCUGAGCCUUUUGUUUUCAGGAUUAAAAGCCCGAAACGUCUCCUCGGGGGUGGAGAUGAUGAAGUGCUAAAAAAGCACUUUGAAGGCCCUCUAAUCAUUAACCCAAAUAAUGUUUUCAUCAUCUGUCGUCUCUUCAGUUUGGAAAAACAGUUUUCUCUUUCCACCGCGUUCUUACAUCAGGUGGAGUUGGACCAGGACAAGGGGAUGGAGAUGAGAAAGUUGGUCCUGUCAGGAAUCCUGGCCAGUGAGGAGAUCUAUCUCAGCCACCUGGAGGCCCUGCUGAUACCCAUGAAACCUCUGAGGGCUGCAGCCACUACAUCACAGCCCAUGCUCAGCAACCAGCAGAUAGAGACCAUCUUCUUCAAAGUGCCAGAGCUCCACGAGAUCCACAAGGACUUCUACGACGCUCUGCUGCCCCGCGUCAGGGACUGGGGUCCCCAGCAGUGUGUGGGCGACCUCUUCCAGAAACUGGCGAGCCAGCUCGGCGUGUACCGGGCUUUUGUGGACAACUACAAGGUCGCCGUGGAGACGGCGGACAAAUGCUGCCAGGCGAACGCCGGGUUUGCAGAGAUAUCCGAGGAUCUCAAGGUCAAAAGCACAAAGGACUGCAAGGACCAGUUGGCUAAAAUUUCACUGGAGACUCUUCUCUACAAACCUGUGGACCGAGUGACGCGCAGCACCCUCGUUCUGCACGACCUCCUGAAGCACACGCCCUCCAGCCACCCGGACCACCCGCUGCUGCAGGACGCCCUGCGCAUCUCUCACAACUUCCUGUCCAGUAUAAACGAAGAGAUCACCCCACGUAGACAGUCCAUGACCGUCAAGAAGGGAGAGAACCGGCAGCUGUUGAGGGACUGCUUCAUGGUGGAGCUCGUCGAAGGUUCCAGGAAACUCCGCCACGUCUUCCUGUUCACCGACCUGCUGCUCUGCACCAAGCUGAAGAAACAGGCUGCCGGGAAAGGGCAACAGUAUGACUGUAAGUGGUACAUCCCACUGGCCGACCUGACGUUCCAGACCAUCGAGGACUGCGAGUCCAGCCCCAUCCCGCUGGUCCAGGAGGAGGAGAUCGACGCCAUGAAGAUCAAAAUCUCCCAGAUCAAGAACGAGAUCCAAAGAGAGAAGAGAACCACCAAAGGACCCAAGGGGGUCGAGCGACUGAGGAAGAAGCUGCUGGAACAGGAGUCUCUGCUGCUUCACAUGUCGCCCAACAUGGCGUUUAGAGUGGCCAACCGAAACGGCAAGGGUUUCACGUUCCUGAUCUCUUCUGACUACGAGCGUGCCGAGUGGAGGGAGAUCGUUCGCGAGCAGCAGAAGAAGUGCUUCAAAAGCUCCUCCCUGACUUCCCUGGAGCUGCAGAUGCUUACCAACUCGUGUGUGAAACUGCAGACUGUUCACACGAUUCCAAUGACCAUGAAUAAGGAAGAUGAUGAAUCUUCUGGUCUGUACGGCUUCCUAAAUGUCAUCGUCCACUCUGCGUCGGGGCUGAAACACAGUUUAAACCUUUACUGCUCCCUGGAGGUGGAUUCCUUCGGCUACUUUGUCAACAAAGCCAAAACACGGGUGUACAGAGACUCUACAGAGCCCAACUGGAACGAGGAGUUUGAGAUUGAGCUGGAGGGCUCUCAGACGUUGAGGUUGCUCUGCUAUGAGAAGCGCUGCCACAAAACCAAGCAGAGCAAAGAAGACGGAGAGAUUGCAGACAAGAUCGUGGCCAAAGGCCAAAUAAAGCUGGAUCCUCAGACUUUGCAAAAUAAAGACUGGCAGAGGACAGUCAUCAAUAUGAAUGGGAUCGAGGUGAAACUUUCGAUGAAGUUCACCAGCAGAGAGUUUAGUUUAAAGCGAACGCCUUCGCGCAAACAGUCCGGCGUUUUUGGAGUGAAGAUCAACGUCGUGACCAAGAGAGAGCGCUCCAAGGUCCCUCUCAUAGUGAGGCAGUGCGUGGAGGAGAUUGAGCGGCGAGGGAUGGACGAGGUGGGAAUCUACCGAGUGUCGGGCGUCGCCACCGACAUCCUGGCGCUGAAGGCCGCCUUCGACUCAAACAACAGAGACGUGUCCGUCACCAUGAGGGAGAUGGACGUGAACGCCAUCGCUGGAACGCUGAAGCUGUAUUUCCGCGAGCUUCCGGAGCCUCUUUUCACGGACGACUUGUACCCCAACUUUGCUGAUGGAAUCGCUCUCUCAGACUGUGUGGCCAAGGAGAGCUGCAUGCUCAACCUGCUGCUGUCUCUACCGGAGCCCAACCUGGUGACCUUCCUCUUCUUGUUGGACCACCUUAAAAGGGUGACUGAAAACGAGAGCGUCAACAAGAUGUCCUUGCACAAUCUGGCCACAGUCUUCGGCCCCACGCUGCUGCGGCCCUCCGAAAAGGACAGCAAGAUCUCGAACAGCCCGCAGCCGAUCUCCAUGAACGACAGCUGGUCCCUGGAGGUCAUGGCUCAGGUUCAGGUCCUUCUCUACUUCCUCCAGCUAGAGGGCAUCCCAACCCCCGACAGCAAACGCCAAAGCCUUCUCUUCUCGUCUGAAGUAUGACCCCGGGACACUGGGACCUCUUUGCCGCCUGCCGGGGCAGACAUGGCGAGGGUGCUUGUUGCAGCCACUAGGUGGAACCUUCAGCGCGUUGCCAAGUAGAAACCGCCACCAUGACCGAAGCCGGAGAAGGAGC